AUGGCAUUUUCCAACCAGAGCUUCCAGUGGGCCUCGGGCUCCCAUUCCCAUGCUCCUGCACCCAGCGUCAGUGGUUUGACUGUCAGGAAAACGGCCAUCCAAAAAUUCCAAGCCCCCAGCGUCUACGGGGGAGCCGGCGGCUACGGGACCCGCAUAUCCUCCAGCACCAACUAUGGCCAAGGCUUUGGGGGAAGAUUCAACAACAGCUUCCAGCUGAGCGUUACCGGUAACGAGGACCUGCUCAGCGGCAACGAGAAAGCGACCAUGCAAAACCUCAACGACCGCCUGGCUUCCUACCUGGAGAAGGUGCGAGCCCUGGAAAAGGCCAACUCCCACAUCGAGCAGCAGAUCAAGGAGUACUACGAGAAGAACUCCUCGGCCGUGAGCCGCGACCACAGCCCGUACUUCACAAUCAUCGAAGAGCUCCGAACGAAGAUUGGCGCUGCGCAGCUGGAAAAUGCAAGGCUUGUCCUGCAGAUUGACAAUGCCAAACUGGCUGCUGACGAUUUCAGAAUUAAGUUUGAGAAUGAACACUUGCUCUUGCAAAGCGUGCAGAGCGACAUUAAUGGACUGCUCCGAGUCCGGGAUGACUUGACCUUGACCAAGGCUGAUCUGGAGUCACAGAUCGAAGGUGUGAAUGAAGAAAUCCUCUUUCUUAAGAAGAGCCACGAGGAGGAAGUUUACAGCCUGCACAAGCAGGUGGGUGGCUCCGUUAACGUAGAGGUGGAUGCUGCUCCAGGUAUCAAUCUUGCCAGUAUCAUGGAAAAGAUGAGACUGCAAUAUGAAGAAAUGGCAGAAAAGAACCGCGAAGAAGCCAAGCAACGGUUUGAAAAACAGACAGAACAGCUGACCCAGGAAGUCGCUAUCAAUAUUGAGCAGCUGCAAAGCCAAAGGACAGAGAUCACAGAACGGAGACAGAUCAUUCAGGGCCUGGAGCUGGAAUUACAAUCCCACCUUAACAUGAAGAAGUCUCUAGAAGACACCCUGGCUGACACCGAGGCCCGCUACAGCCAGCAGCUGGCGCAGAUCCAGGGCGCCGUGGCCAGGCUGGAGGCGCAGCUGCGGCAGCUCCGCGCGGACAUGGCGGGGCAGAGCAGCGAGUACGCGGCGCUGCUGGACGUCAAGACGCGCCUGGAGAUGGAGAUCGCCACGUACCGACGGCUGCUGGAGGGAGACGACGGCGGGGAUUUCCAAUUGGAUAUAGCUGCAGAAGAAGCUGAAAAAGAAUCAAGCAAAAUCAAGAAGAUCAAGACAAUUGUGGAGGAGGUGGUUGACGGCAAGGUCGUCUCCUCUCAGGUCAGGGAGAUCGAAGAGAAGAUGUAA